UUUUGUUUCAAAAAAAGAAUAUACAAAUAUUCUCUAUUUAUUUGAACCACAGCCACCAUUCACGAUUCCGUAAAAAUCCUAAAACCACGGCCGCCGGAGACCAACCACGGCGGAGUUUUCUUUUUUCCUCUUCUUUUUCUUUCUCCGCCAUGGCCACUUCUGGGUUUCUUCUUUACCUUCUUUCUGCCUCUUCCAUAGCCGUUCUCUCUGUUCUCUACCUCUCUAACCCUUCUUCUUCUUCCUCCUCCUCCUCCUCCUCCUCCGCCCUCUCCGCUUAUCUCUCCACGGACAAAACAUGGCCGGAUUUGGAGCUGAGUUGGAGACUUGUAGCGGCGACGGUGAUCGGAUUUCUCGGCUCCGCUUGCGGAACCGUUGGAGGAGUCGGCGGCGGCGGCAUUUUUGUUCCUAUGCUUACUUUGAUUAUUGGGUUCGACACGAAAUCUGCUGCUGCCAUUUCCAAAUGUAUGAUAAUGGGAGCUUCUACAUCAUCGGUUUGGUACAACUUAAGAGUGGCGCAUCCGACGAAGGAUGUGCCGAUUAUAGAUCAUGAUUUAGCGUUGUUGUUUCAGCCUAUGUUGAUGCUUGGAAUCACCGUUGGUGUUUCCCUUAGCGUCGUUUUCCCCUACUGGCUCAUCACUGUUCUUAUCAUUAUUCUCUUCAUUGGGACUUCCUCCAGGUCUUUCUUCAAGGGAAUUGAGAUGUGGAAAGAAGAAACUAUUCUCAAGAAAGAAUUUGCCAAACAAUGUGAGACUGUCGUGAACUCUCGUGGCGAAUUAUUGAUUGAUGUAGAGUAUGACCCACUGAUUCCCAAAGAACAGAAAACUGCACUGGAAUUAAUGUGCUUCAAUCUUAAGUGGAAAAGGACCUCCAUUUUAUUAAUUGUUUGGAUUUCUUUCCUCACACUUCAAGUUAUAAAGAAUGAUGUGCCAGUUUGUAGCAAUUGGUAUUGGAUCAUCUUCUCUUUACAAUUCCCCAUAGCAAUUGCAGUGUUUGGGUAUGAAGCGAGAAAGCUAUACAAAGAGCACAAGAAGAGGAUGGAGACAGGGAACUUAGAACAAAUUUGUGAGGCUUCAAUAGGAUGGACUGGCACACACCUUGCCUUCUGUGCACUUUGUGGCAUUGUUGGAGGCACUGUUGGAGGUCUUUUGGGUUCUGGUGGUGGCUUUGUUUUAGGCCCUUUGCUUUUGGAGAUCGGUGUUGUCCCUCAAGUUGCUAGUGCCACAGCAACUUUCGUUAUGAUGUUCUCCUCUUCCUUAUCUGUUGUUGAGUUCUACUUGCUCAACAGGUUUCCCAUUCCAUAUGCUCUGUACCUUACAUCCGUGUCCGUUCUUGCUGGAUUCUGGGGACAAUUCUUUGUUAGAAAAAUGAUCACCAUUCUAAGGAGAGCCUCACUCAUUGUGUUUAUCCUCUCUGGUGUCAUCUUUGCUAGUGCCAUCACUAUGGGCAUUGUAGGAGUAACGAAAAGUAUAACGAUGAUACAGAACCAUGAGUUCAUGGGGUUCUUAGAUUUCUGCAGCAGUGGGUGAAUGAGAGGUUUGAUCACACAGGCAGAGAACUGUAAAAAAGAAUGAAGAUUAGUGCAGAAAAUACAGUCUGAAUUUGUUUAUGGCUUUGCUUGUGGAUGUGAAGCAGAAGAAUUGGCCAACGCCUUGUUGUCCAAUACAAUCCCAUGUUUGUUUUUUAAGAAAAAUAAUAAGGUGAUUGAUGACUGUUAGCUCCUCGCUGACAGCAUCAUUGUACCAUCAAAGUUAUUUUAAAUGUCUCAAAAUUGUUUUGUUGUGUCGUGGUUGGCUGUUCUGUUAGCACCUCGCUGACAGCAUCAUCUGUAAAUUUAACUCUCUAUUGUCAGUAAAUGUCAUUGUUAGUGUGUUCAAUAU